AUGGCCUCCAAAUCUAUUCCCAGGACGUCGCGCUCGCUUGUCCUCCAGAAGUCUCCGGCGGAAAGGAAACCCCUGUAUCACGACGUCGCCUUAGAGGAGCGACCGAUACCAGCACUAGAAGAGGGCCAGGUCCUCGUCAAGAUCAACGCUGUAGCUUUCAACCACCGCGAUGUGGGUCUUGUAUGGAUACGCAAGGGAAUGUAUCCCGCUAUUGGCGUGGGGUGCGUUAUGGGUGCUGACGGUGCAGGUGGGAGUGUGGUUGUGGCUGCCCAUAACCCGCACGACCCCCUUCUUCACAAACGCGUCUUCCUCACGCCUUCGCGCGGGUGGAUUGACCACCCUGACGCGCCAGAGACUCACGCGUUUAGCGUCAUUGGUGGCGUGCGCUGGCCCGAAAUAGGCACAUUUGCCGAAUACAUCGCCGUCGAGCGCGAUGAGGUGAUACCGUCACCCGAGCACCUGGACGAUGUGCACACCGCAGCCCUUCCUCUUGGCCUCGUCACAGCAUACAGGGCUACUAUCAUCAACGCCAAAGUCUCUCAGGGCCAGAACGUUCUCGUCACUGGUAUAGGCGGAGGUGUAGCCGUUUUAGCCUUACAGCUCUGCCUUGCUAAAGGUGCGAAAGUCUUCGUGACCAGCGGAUCACCGGACAAGAUCAAACGCGCAAUCAAGCUUGGUGCAAGUGGCGGCGUGAAUUACAAGGAUAAAGACUGGCCGAACCAGCUCACCGAUCUACUCAAGCACAAAACCGACAGUGGCCUGCUUGACGCGGUGAUAGACUCCGCAGGCGGUGACAUCAUGAACCAGACACUGGCUUACACCAAGCUGGGAGGGGUAGUUGUGUGCUAUGGCAUGACGGCCGCCCCGAAGAUCACAUUUACAAUGAAACAAGUGAUGCGGAAUCAGCGUCUCAUCGGUUCUACAAUGGGCUCGCGUGCUGACCUAGCUGAGGCGGCUCGUUUCGUCACCGAGCACGGUAUCAUCCCUGUCGUUAGUCAGGUGGUGAGUGGUCUUGCGAACGCCGAAGAGGGAUUUGAGAGUAUGAGAAAGGGGGAACAGUUCGGAAAGAUUGUCAUUCAGGUUGAGGAGAGUCAGAGGGCCAAGCUGUAG